AUGAUGGACGACAACGAACAGGACGACGUAAAGGUGGCGACGUCACGAUCGGGCUCGUCGUCGGAGGUGACCAUUGGCGUGGCCGACGUGGCGAGCGGCCCGAGCAGCAGCGGCAGCCUGGUAUCGGACCACGACGAGCACCUGGACGAGGCAGACGCGCCGCUGCUGGGGCAGGCCGACGACGACAUGACCAACUCGGACGGCGAGGGGCCGCCGACGCCGCGAUUCCUGCAGGAGACAGGGACGUGGAAGCACUGGCGCUGGCUGCCAUACCCGGCACGACGACUGGCCGUGGCAGCCGCCCGAUGGUCACGCGGGCCUCCAGACGCUCAUGCUCACGUGAUCAAGCCGUUGCUGCCGGCCGUGCAAUUGGCGCCACUGCAGCUGCGGGACCGCCUGCUGGCAGCGGCGGCAGCAGCAGUCGGCGGCGGGCCCCGGUGGCUGUGGCGACGAGCGGCCUUUUUCGGCUGGCUCUGGCUCUGGCUGGUGACGUUUGCGGUCGUGCUGCGACGCGGACUGCGGGCCGGCGAGAUCGCCGGCUGGGGCACGCCGGCCGACAUUGGCUGCGGCAACACGUACUGGGUGCCGGGCAACCAGUGCGGGCUCGACGGCAGUGACUGCCGGCCGUUCAGCGGCAGUGGGUUCCCAUUUCGCUGUCCGUCGAGCUGUGCCGGCUACGCAGUGCUGAAUCCGCGGGCUGUCGGCGACCAGGAAGUGGUCUACCGCACACUCGUCGUUGGUGGUCCCGGCAGCGGUCCCCACGGCAAUGCGACCAUCUACCGCGGCGACUCGUUUCUCUGCAGCGCGGCCAUCCAUGCCGGCGUCGUGUCGGAUGCCCGUGGCGGCUGCGGUGUCGUCCGGCUCGUCGGCCGGCAGUCGGCCUUUGCCGCGUCGACACACCACGAGAUCGACAGCGUGGCUUUUGACUCACAUUUCCCGCUCGCGUUCGAGUUUCUCGACGGCAUCGACUGUCCGGCCCACGAUCCCCGCUGGCCGCUGCUGACCGUUUCGGUCGUCUUCUCGGUCGUGCUCUCGUUGAUGGUUGCCUCACCGGCCGCUUUUUUCUGGCCUGUCUUCACCGGCAUCUUCUGGACGGUCGGCCUGGCCACUGACCCCCCUCCGGCCGAGUCGACCGCCUCGCUCGUGUCCAUCGUGCUGGGCGCUUUUUUGCCUGCCGCUCUGGCCGGCUGGGUCAUCUACGACAAGCUUGGCGUGCGUCGCACGCUCGGUCGCGGCUUUGCCGCCCACAUCGAGAAGACGGUCCUCUGGCUGGGCGCCUGUUGGGUCGGCGCGCUGACCAACUACACCUUCGACUACAUUCCCAUUGCGCGGCUGACGCCCCACGACCUGCAGCAGCAGCCGGGCGCCAAGGCUGCCCUAGCCACCAUCAUCACCAUCCUGCUGGUCAUCGUGGCCUCGCAGAUCUGGUUCUUCCGCCAGGAGGGUCGCCUGCGCCCGUACCUCAAGCUGUACAUCCUCUUUGUCAGCAGCCUCUGCUUCUGUGCCGCCAUCCCACACCUCAACCUGCGCAUCCACCACUACAUCCUGGCCCUGCUGCUGCUGCCCGGCACCAGCAUGCAGACCCGUCCAGCGCUCGCGUACCAGGGCCUGCUGGUCGGCCUCUUCAUCAACGGCACCUGUCGCUGGGGCUGGGCCUCGCUGCUGCAGACGCCGGCUGCCCUGCAGGGCGAUGCUCAGCUGGGCUCGCCGCUGCCGGAGCUGCUGCCGCCGGUCGUGCGGCUGGCCAGUGCAGCUGCUACUGCGGCUGCUACUGCGGCUACUGCUGCUGUUGCUGCUGCAGCCAACACCAGCUCCAUCACCUUUUUCUGGCGUCCACCGCCUGGUCCUCGCUAUGAUGGCAUCAGCGUGCUCGUCAACGACGUCGAGCGCCAUCGCGCCUUCUUCGAGCCCGAUGGCCGUGACCCUGACAGCGGCGACGAGGUCUCGUCGGGCGCCCGCUCGUUUGUCUGGCAGCGCCCCGUCGACGCCGCCGCCGACGAGUACUUCCGCUUCGCCUACCUCGAAGGCCGCAACAGCGACGACUACACAAAGGCCGGCACGUGGACCGCUGCCGGCGACUGGAUCCCCAUGGCGCCGGGGCCGUCGCGCGUGCGCAGCCGUAGUCUAGACGGCGAGACGACGCAGUGGCUGCGGUAG